AUGGAGUCUGUCCUCCGGACACUGCUCUCAAUACAGGGCAGGCAGGGGCAGCUGGCUGAGGAGAGACUGACCUCUGGCAUUCUUGGUGCUAUUGGGCUGGGCAGGAGGUCUCCGUUGUCCCCCAGGUUCCGGGUGGUGGCCCGCAGCUUGUCCACCUUCCUCCUGGUGCAGAUUCCUGCGGAGAAUCAGGUCCGCCUGAAGGCCGGUUCGGAGCCCAGGCUGUCGCAGAAGGCCCAGCAGGCACUGAAUGCUCUCGAGUCUAUGUCGUCAAACAAACAGUACAUGGAUUAUCAGGAGCAGCUCUCCCAGGCUUCUCAGUUCAUCAGGCAUCCGGAACACUGUCUUCGAGAUGGCAAUAACCUCUUGGCUCUCCUUGUUAACACCCUGUACCCAGAAGUGCAUUAUCUGGACAGCAUACGGUAG